AUGCGAUCGUUAUUAAUAUUGUAUGGGAGCGAAACUGGGACAGCAGAAGAUGUUGCUGAAGGUCUCUGGCGCGAAGCGAGACUUCUUGACAUUCCAGCUCGGUUCUAUGGGGUCGAUGACUAUGAUGUCGAGAAUCUACCUUCCGAAGACGCUGUGGUAUUCGUAGUUGCUACAACGGGACAAGGUGAGAUUCCUCCGAACAUGCGCAAUGGUUGGCGCCAUCUACUACGAAGAAAUUUAAACUCUGCUUGGCUGCAAAACGUCCGUUUCGCUGUUCUUGGUCUGGGCGACUCCUCCUAUCAAAAGUAUAACUUUGCUGCUAAGAAAGUAUUUCGGCGAUUACUACAACUAGGAGGAGACUGCUUGUUAGAUAUCGGUUUGGCUGAUGAUCAACACGAAAUAGGUAUCGAUGGUGCACUAAGUCCAUGGAGGAGAGAAUUAUGGGACAAGCUCAGAGAAACUGGUCUUUUUGAGAUGCUUAGAUGGCCCGUCUUCGCUGGACGUGCGGGCCUCAGCAUCUCUUCCACUCGUUUCGUUCCCUCGCCAUUGUCAUCCAAGAUGUUCUCAAGCUUCGUGAGUGACGUUGACGAGGUCCUUGACCCGUAUCCAGCUGAGCUCUCAGCUGGUCCAUCCGUGCAGCGAACACGUCACCCCAUCUCGUUGGCGGUCUCCUUCGGGGACGUUUAG